AUGACCGGGCCGGGUAUUCACGCUAACAAUAAUUCUCGGCUCAACGCGAAUCGCAUGCUCAGAACUAGAAAGGUGUUGGCCUACGUUGCCGAGCGUAUCGACCCCCCGAAUCCGGAUGACCCUGAAUCCAAUCAGAUGCCGCCAGAGGAGUACCUCGAGCUGUAUUGCCAAAAAAACGCUCUGCCCGCCUAA